CCCGUAGCGGGUGUGGUUGAGAGGUAAAAAAGGAAGAAGAUUGAAUCGGCAAAAACGAACAACUUCCUCCAGGCAAGAGAAGGUGAGCUCUGACCUAGAGUCAAGACUCUAAGGAUUAACUCCAAAAUUAUUCACCAAAACAACACUGAGCAGAGCACCUCGAAUUAUAUUCCAACAUCCAAGAGCCUCGGUGGACCAGUACUAAAGUGACCCUAAACUUAUUAUGUUAAGUAUACGGAAAUCUAAUGGGAAAUUGAAGUAGAAUUGAGAUGAAAUUGAUGAAACUUGAAAAGAGAUCGAUACAAUUGGAGACACUUCGAGUAGUCUCCCGCACUCCCAAGACCGAAGUCCCCAAACUAAUUCCUGCCUGCCCAUCUCUUCACCACUCUCACUUAUUUAUUCUAUUUCUAAUGGGCCAGCCCACUAUUACAUUUUAUUAAAAUACUCAGUAUUAUUUCCAUUAUAUCUCACUCCAUAAACCCAUAAGUCCUGGUCCCUAUCAUCACUCCCCCCUUUGACAAUCACCUUGUCCUCAAGGUGGGGAGUAAGAGCAGCCAUGCCAUCCAGCUUCAUCCUCGUGCCCCUUCCUUCCCAGUACCUCACCGAUUUCAGUGCCUUUAGCUCCGGUACUUGAACCUUUGUCAUCCAUUCCUCCUGGCAUUUGCUGAAACUUUUCCAAAAAUCUUCUAAAUUAGAUAGUUGUCUCCAUUGAACCAAAAUUUAUUUAUUUCUUUGUAAUGCAAAAGAUUUGACUCCUCCUGCAUGCUCUUGAUCCUUUUCAAUGACAUAAUACCCUUCCAUGCAUCCAGCAUAUCUGUACCCAAAUCCACUAUAUUCUGCAUCGCCGUUCAUACCUACUUUGCUGUAAAGCCACUGAGUUCCAGUAGCAGGGUAGUACAUGGAUAUUAUUCUGCCAUCGAUCCCGUGAACCACUUUCAACUCCCAAUCCUCACCUUUUGGUACAUCCAGAUCAUUACCUGAGUGCAGAACCAAACUAAUAAUAGAUAGUUGGCUGGGAAUCAAUUGCACAUAGUCGGGAGGAACAUAAUAUGGCAAUUGUACAACAUGUCUUUUCUCUGCCUCACAUUUCAGCUCAGACUUGUAACUAUAUUCAUCCCCUAUGCACAUGUAAUGAGUGUCAUGGCUAACAGAGAAUGAGGUUAUGUUUUGCCCCCACUUCAAUAUAACAAACAAGUGUUUGUUUUCCCGACUCCAAACCUGAAUUUCAUUUUCAGAAGUGACAUGCCGGACUCUACCCAAAAACGAGUUGAAGAAUUCCAGUGAACCUCGAGAUACAUCCAGAACUGUGCGUCCAAUAGAACCAGGUAAGGCAGCAACCAAAGUCCUCAUGGGAAGUACCCGAACCUCCAUAGCACAAGAUUCCAACACCCUGACCAGUGGCUGAACUUCAUGAGCAUAACUGCCAGGCCCCUCAAGUAGUUUCUGUUUAUGACAUGAUUGACAUCCACCUAUCUGUUCAGCCUUACCAAUCUCAGGCAUAGCUGAAAUGUCAGAGUUUUUAAAAACAAUUGGUCUACCAGUUUCUUCUGUUAAAAUUUCACCCAAGAAGUACCAGAAUUUCUUAGAGUAGUGAAAGGCACCCUCCUUGUUCACUUUCACACUAAUGGCAAAAUUCCUACUAGCACAAAAACUGUCAACAGUAAUCUCCUUCCCCUUUUCUUCCCUCAUAGGCUUGACAUCUGAAUUAGUGACCUUCACCUCAGAUAAGAUAUCACAGGCAGCAAAAUGUUUAUAGGAAGCAAAGUGUUUAUAGGAUGUGUUGACUUCUUCAUGAGGAUUGAUGUGGACCGAACUGAGAGAUGCUUUCUCUGAAGGAGUGUUCAGCAUCUCAACAGGUUGUAGAGGAAUUGAAGAAUCCGGAUGCUCCUGCUCAUGAGUUAUCUGUGACAUUGCAAUUAAGUGAUCUUGCAUUACUCCUUCGAUCAGAGGUUGUGUUAACUGAUAUCCUGAGACAUUUUUACUUCUCCAUGGUGGCCAAACUACAUCACUGCCAUCCUUGUGUAUACCAGCUUCGUCAAAGUUUACUCUGAAAGUCAGUGCCCUGUCCCUUACUGCCUCAAGUACCUCACCAGAGGCAGAAUUUGUUUUUAUGCCCUGAACCUCAACAUUAUCAUCCCCUUUAAUAUGCUCAUCAGAAAAUAAGGAGCUGUAAGAAACUUCAACUGCUUUUGACAGUUCACCUGUUGAUCUAGGAUUGACAGUCACUCCAAACAGUCUCAUAUUUAACACUCUCGGAACCUCAGUGUCUGGCUGUAGCCUAAGAUUUUGACCAUAUGAAGCAUUUGGGUUAUUACCAUAUUGAGAAGUUACCGGCUGAACUCUACACUCAACCAAGUUGAAGAGUCCCAUAGAACAUCGAGAACAAUGAGAAUCUGAGCAUCCAAGAGGAACAGGGACUGCAUUUGCGCCAACUUCAAGUCCAGCUACCACUGACGAUUUCUCCUCACUGAUAUCGCUCUCAGUGAACUUCACUGCUUUUUCUCCUAAUUGCGAAGCACUCUCAUCAUCAGAGGAAGGUUGCCGCCCACUCACAGACUCCUGUCGGACGGAUGAAACCUGCUCACAGGGAAAAGUGUUUUGUCACAAUACCUGCGAACAGGGAGAUUCGUCUCUCGAUUGAGUAGCACUGACAGCAGAUGAAGAAACAUGCGAACUGAGAUAGCCUUCUGUGAAUUUCGAACUGGGAUAAACUGAUGGCGACAGCGACGGAGCAAGUUGCGGAGCUUGCGAACUGUGAAAGACAUUGGAAUAUGCUGUAUAAUAUGCUUUAGAAUAUUCUUCUAUCUUUAGAAUAUGCUUUAGAAUAUUUUAGGAAUAUACUCUAAGAUAUUAUUAUUGUAUAGCAUCUUAUAGGAAUAUUCUAUCUUUGUAAUGUAUAUAUAUAGGGACUUAUCCCUCCAAUGAAAUACACAGAAAAUUCUUCCAUUCUCAUUACUAUUAUAUGCUUAAUUCUGAUAACAUGGUAUCAGAGCCUCCAUUUUAGUUUAGUUCCUUUUCUUUUAGAUUUUAGCUUAGUUUUUCAUACUGGGUUCUUCCUCAAAGAAACCUGAGUUCAGUUCAGAUUCUUCAGAACCUCUAGGCACCAUUCUGUCUCCCAGGACAGAUUUAUUUUAGCUCUCUAUUCAGAAUCUCUGCCAGGUCCGACCAUCUACCCGGCGAAUUUCCGACUCCGACAAUUACUCAUUCAGUCUGUGGACAUACGCACACUAUUUCAUGUGGCUGAUUAUUCGUUGGGGUCUGGCAUCUGACUUAUGUCUGGAGUAGCAGUCAAAGCCCAAGCAGAUUGUAUCUUUUGUUCUCAAGCCCAAAACGGGCUGCUGUAAGUUCUCAUUAAAUUAAAUAUCUCAAUUUUAAACUUUAUUACGGUCUCAAAAAAAAAAAAAUGCCUGGUUCUGACACUGACACCUCCGCAGUAACACGAAGUCAGCCUUUGAUAGUUUCUGAAGUUAUUCCCAUUAAUUUUAAAAUUACUGAGAAUAAACUUUGUGGCUCCAAUUAUCUUGAAUGGAGUAAAACUAUCAAACGUUAUUUAAGGAGCAUUGAUAAAUAUACCCACUUACUUGAUGACCCGCCAAAGGAGGAGGUUGAUAGAGCUGCUAAUACUGCCUGGCUUCGUGACGAUUCUAGAUUAUUUAUCCAGAUUCAAAACUCAAUGGAGAAUGAGGUAAUGGGGUACGUUAGUCAUUGCGAUACUGUGAAAGAAUUGUUUGAUUAUUUGGAAUUUAUGUAUUCUGGAAAAGGUAAUCUUAACCACAUCUAUGAGGUGUGCAAAGCCUUUUACAGAGCAGAAAUGAAAGAUAAGCCUCUCACGGCUUAUUUUAUGGAUUUCAAGAAAACCUAUGAAGAGCUGAAUACAUUAAUGCCAUUUAGUCCUGAUAUCAAAGUGCAGCAGAAACAAAGAGAACAAAUGGCAGUGAUGAGUUUUUUGGCUGGUCUAACAUCUGAAUUUGAAACAGCCAAAUCACAUAUCUUAUCUAGUGAUGAGGUCUCUUCUCUUCAAGAGUCUUUCACUAGAGUGCUUCGCACCGAUACUUCAUCCACACCAUUAGCACCUCAGUCAAGCAAUGCAUUUGUAGGGCAAGUUCCGACAUUCACCAGAGGAGGUGAGAAAUAUCCAUGUACUGGUCCAUCUGGCAAAGGCAUAGUAUGCAACUAUUGUAAAAAGCCUGGACACUUGAUCAAAGAUUGUAGAAAAUUAAAAUUCAAAAAUCAAGGAAAUCAGGUUGCUCACAUUGCUUCCGUUACACAGUCUUCUGAUGGAUCAAUAAGUAUGUCUUCUGAGGAAUACGCCAAAUUUCUUUGCUACCAAGAGACUCUAAAGCAUUCAUCUACUCCUAUCUCAGCUGUCGCUAAUUCAGGUAAUCCAAACACAUGUCUUGUGUCUUCAUCCUCAAAAUGGGUUAUCGAUUCAGGGGCAACAGAUCAUAUGACAGGAUCUGGUGACGAAUCGGGUUAUUGGUAAAGGAUAUGAGUCGGCUGGUCUCUAUCUCUUGGAUACAUCCUUACCCAAAUCCAUCUCUUGUCUUGGAGUUGGAACUGUGUUAGAGGCUCAUUAUCGACUAGGCCAUCCCUCUCUCCCGUUGUUAAAGAAACUUCAUCCUCAAUUUAAUAAGGUGUCAUCUUUACAGUGUGAUUCAUGUCAAUUUGCAAAACAUCCUCGAACUAGUUUAAGUCCCCGAGUCAAUAAACGAGCACAUGCUCCUUUUGAACUUGUUCAUUCUGAUGUUUGGGGCGCUUGCCCUGUUGUGUCCAAAACUGGUGUUAAGUAUUUUGUUACCUUUGUUGAUGAUUAUUCUCGUAUGACUUGGAUAUAUUUCAUGAAACGUCGUUCUGAGUUAUUUUCUCAUUUCUGUGCCUUUUGUGCUGAAAUUAAAACUCAAUUUAAUGUACCUGUUCGUAUUUUAAGGGGAGACAAUGCUCAAGAAUAUUUGUCUUCCUCAUUUAAGUCGUAUAUGGCUCAACAUGGCAUCAUUCAUCAAACUUCAUGUGUAGACACACCUCCACAAAAUGGAGUUGCUGAACGAAAGAACAGACAUCUAUUAGAAACUGCGCGGGCUCUUCUAUUCCAAAUGAAUGUGCCUAAACAGUUUUGGGCAGAUGCUGUGUCUACCGCAUGUUUUUUGAUCAAUAGAAUGCCAUCUACUGUUUUGGAUGGUAAAACUCCAUAUCAGUGCCUAUUUCCAAAUAAUGAAAAUUUUCCUAUCCCUCCUAAAAUAUUUGGUUGCACUUGUUUUGUACGAGAUGUUAAUCCCCAUUUAACAAAGUUAGAUCCCAAGUCAUUAAAGUGCAUUUUCUUAGGCUACUCUCGAGUUCAAAAGGGUUACAGAUGUUUUUGUCCAAGUACGGGUCAAUAUCUUGUUUCAAUUGAUGUCUCCUUUUAUGAAAAUACACCGUUUUCAUCAACAGAGACAAAUAUUUGUAGGGAGAAUGAUGAUAUACUCAUUUACACAGUCACUAUACCCGAGUCCACUGCUUCAGCCGUUGUUCCACAUGUUACUUUUCCUGAGCCUAGGCCCCCGGUACACUUGGUCUACACCCGUCGAAACAAAGUACAAGAUCACCCUCCACCUGUGGUUACUUAUCCUAAUACUGAUCCGGUCUCGAUCUCAUGUCCUGAACCAAUACUUGCAUCUCCAGAUCCUGCCUCUACAUCAGAUCUUGACCUCCCUAUCGCACUACGUAAAGGUACACGGUCUUGUACUCAUCCUAUUUCUUCAUUUGUGUCGUAUAAUCAGUUAUCAUCUACCUCAUGUUCUUUUAUUGCUUCCAUUAAUUCUAUUUCUGUUCCCAAAUCUGUUAAAGACGCUUUGUCUCAUCCUGAAUGGCGUCAUGCCAUGGUAGAGGAAAUGAAUGCUUUGGAUCUUAAUGGUACUUGGGAUUUGGUAGACUUGCCUACAGGGAAGAAAUCUAUUGGAUGUAAGUGGGUCUUUGCUGUAAAGGUUAACCCUGACGGAUUCGUUGCUCGUUUAAAAGCCCGAUUAGUAGCGAAGGGUUAUGCUCAAACCUAUGGUGUUGAUUAUUCUGACACUUUUUCUCCUGUUGCUAAAUUAACAUCUGUCAGGUUACUUAUUUCUCUCGCUGCAACUAAUGGUUGGCACUUACAUCAGUUGGACAUUAAAAAUGUAUUCUUGCACGGUGAUCUUCAAGAGGAAGUUUAUAUUGAGCAACCUCCAGGGUUUGUUGCUCAGGGGGAGUAUGGAAAAGUGUGUCGACUUCGCAAGUCUCUUUAUGGUUUGAAACAGAGUCCCCGUGCAUGGUUCGGGAAAUUCAGUCAAUCAAUUGAACGAUUUGGAAUGAUAAAGGGCAAAUCAGAUCACUCUGUAUUUUACAGACGAACAAAAGCAGGUAUCACAUUGCUUGUGGUGUAUGUCGAUGAUAUUGUGAUUACAGGGAGUGAUAAUGCAGGUAUUUUGGCUCUUAAGAAUUUUCUUCAUAGUCAAUUCCAGACGAAAGAUUUGGGCUCAUUGAAAUACUUCUUGGGGAUUGAGGUUUUACGAAGCAAGAAAGGCAUAUUUCUAUCUCAACGUAAAUAUGUGCUUGACUUGCUAACUGAAACAGGGAAACUGGGGGCAAAACCGAGCAAUACUCCCAUGAUUCCCAAUGUGCAGCUCACUCAUGAAGGCGUACCAUUCGAAGAUCCAGAAAGAUAUAGAAGGUUGGUUGGAAAGCUUAAUUAUCUCGCAGUUACCCGUCCAGAUAUUGCAUACUCAGUGAGUGUAGUAAGUCAAUAUAUGUCAUUUCCGACAGUUGAUCAUUGGAAUGCUGUAGAGCAUAUAUUAUGUUACUUGAAGGGGACACCAGGACGAGGUAUUGUUUAUCAAAAUCAUAAUCACAUGCGCAUAGAAUGCUUUGCAGAUGCUGAUUGAGCUGGAUCUAAAGAUGAUAGAAGAUCCACAUCUGGCUAUUGCGUCUUUGUUGGUGGAAAUCUCGUCUCUUGGAAAAGUAAGAAGCAGAAUGUGGUUUCUCGUUCGAGUGCUGAAUCAGAAUAUCGGGCUAUGGCACAAUCGGCAUGUGAGAUAAUCUGGAUAAACCAUCUAUUGAGUGAAAUCGGACUGAAGACACCAAUGCUUGCUAAACUCUGGUGUGAUAACCAGGCUGCUAUACACAUUGCCAACAACCCAGUGUUUCAUGAGAGAACAAAACAUAUUGAGGUCGAUUGUCACUUUGUUCGAGAAAAGAUACAACAAGGAUUGAUCUCUACAGGAUAUGUGAAGACGGGAGAGCAACUUGGAGACUUGUUCACUAAAGCACUAAAUGGAAUUCGUGUUGGUUAUUUAUGUAACAAGUUGGGCAUGAUAAAUAUCUAUGCUCCAACUUGAGGGGGAGUGUGAAAGACAUUGGAAUAUGCUGU